CACCUAUUGGACGAAUCGGAAAGCGGCCGCCGGGACCUCGCUGUCCUGGGGCUCACCGAGGGCGUGGCCUGGGACUCCCCCGGAGGGGAGGGCACCGUCUGUCCUUGGGCGGAGAGGGGAGGUGACUCCGGCCGAAGAGGAGGACGCAGGAUGAGGGCCCUGCGGGUCUCCCAGGCACUGGUGCGCUCCUUUAGCUCAACCGCCCGGAACCGCUUCGAGAACCGAGUGGCUGAGAAACAGAAACUCUUCCAGGCGGACAAUGACCUCCCGGUGCACUUGAAGGGCGGUCUAACCGACAACAUCCUGUAUCGAGUGACUAUGGCUCUGUGCCUGGGAGGCACUGCCUACAGCCUGUACUGCCUUGGCUGGGCCUCCUUCCCUCAAAAGAAGUGAAACCAAGAAGUCUGCAGGACCUGAACAAGCAUCAAUAAAUAUGCUGGCUUCUUGGGGAAGCCAGCCCGGCUCUGUC